AUGAGCGCUGCUGUCGAGGCUCACAUGUCCGACGACGACUCUCCUUGGCUCGACGACGAGCCGCACCACCCGCAAGCCCUUCCCUCGUCACUUCACACCGCCCCGAACCAGAUCUCCCAGCAGGAGUGGGAGAAGCUCAGCUCGCGAUACUCGGAUGCGGGCUACCGUGACGGCAUCACGGCCGGCAAGAACUCUCGCCUCCAGACGGGCUUCGACCAGGGUUUCUCGCUCGCCGCUCCGUAUGCCCGCGAGAUUGGCGCGUUGCGAGGUAUUGCGGCAUCCCUCCUCUCGCUCCUUACCGUCCCAAGCGCGAACGCCACGAAGAACGCUGGACCCGUCCUCGAGGCUGCUUUCUCUCGCGAGGGAGGCCAAGGGCAGUCGAAAGACCGCGUCGUUGCAGAGUUGCGGGACCUCGUCUCGGCUCUCGGACGACUCGACCCGAACAAGGUUCUCCCGGUCGACGAAGAGGCGGAGCAGCAUGCGCGCGAGCACGAGGACGAGGGGAUUAGCGAGGUCAUGAGGCAGCGGAAGGAGAUGCGUGAGAUGGAGGAGUUGAUGGGAGGACUGGGAGGGAGGAAGGACGACGAAGCGAGCGGGGACAGGGCUGUGCGGGAAUGCAGGGACAGGCUCGUCGAGGUCCUCAAGGUCUUUGGUCUCGAGGGCGUACUGCCGCCGAACCGGUCUUGA